GGCAGCGCCCAUUGAUCAGCCGCCUCACUCCAUCUACUGCAGAGCAUCUCACUGCGGUACUGAAGCUGCACGUGACUCACACAGUCUUUCAGUUAACUACUUCUAUACCUUAAACCGCAUCAGAUGUGAAAUAACUGAAUGCUACGCCCUCGCCUUUAAAGAGAAAGGGAUAAGACAACGCGGGGUUUUUUUCGAGCGGAGGAAAGUUCAGAUAUUCUGACACUGCAUAUUUGAUAUCAUAUCUCUGAAUUCUGAUGUUAGCCUAAACCUGCUUCAAACUGACUGACAUCAGCAUGGGCAUAGAGAGUCAGGGCCCCGUCCGGCCUGUAGGAAAUCUCAACCCGAACCAGGUGAAAGCCUUUCAAAAUGUGGAACCAAAAGCACUAGGGUCCAUUCAGAUUAUCAUUGCCGUCUUGUGCCUGUGUCUGUGCGUCACCAUUCUUCAGAUCUAUGCUGAGAUUCACUUUUCUCCGGAUGUUGUUGUGGUGGUGGUGAUUGUUAUUCAGUUUCUGGCAUCUGGAUCAAUUAUAAUCCAUGCUGGGAGAUUUCCAUCUCUGUUUUGGAUUAAGGCAACACUGGUUGCUCACCUGGUUAGUGCUGCAUUUUCCACUGCCAUCCUCGGCCUGCUGUCACGUCAUCUGCCUUACCGUCAGGACACUUACCAUUGUGAACACUGCAGGAGACUGGAGUAUUUUGCUGUGCAACAAAAUUGUUUCAAGAAGUGCACUUAUUCUGUCGAGAAAAAUUGUAAACUUUUGAUCGAUGGUUUCUUGGCCACCUUGGUGCUGUUUAUGGUAGUAGAGUUGGUGAUCUGCAUUGUGAUCAUUUUGUUUGGACUCAGUGCCCUGGCUAAAGGUGGUGUGCAGCUGCCUAGCUUUAGACAGCGUCCAGCCCCAUCUGCAACUCCUAUCAGACCUCAGGUGGAGGUUGAGUCAGAGGUGGAGCCAGUACCAGCGGCAAUGGCAGCAUCAAUGCCCGUGCCAGUGUCAAUGCCAGUACGUCACGCUGAACCCAAAUUUGAGCCAGCAGAGGACCGCAGCCCUCCUACUGAACCUCAGGUUGCCCCCAUUGACUCUUUAACAGACUAACUGAUGGAAAUGUGGAGAUCUGGCAUGAGCUUUUGUAUUCCAAUGGUGUAUGAAUCAAUCGACCGGGCUUUUUAAGAUGGGGUGAUGUCAUUGCAUUUAUUAUUGUUUGUUCAACUUUGAAAGGCUGCAGUGUUGAUCUAAUGUAGUUAUCUCCCGUGAUACAGUUACAGAAACCUGGUAAUGCAGUGCAGUCGCUGUUAGGUCCUGUAGAAUUGAAUUAUUGUAUGGUGCACAUACAGAGAGAUCACUGGUGUAAUUAUUAUCCCACACAGCCUGCUUUAAGAAUGAAAAACAUGCACGCAUUCAUAAGGAAUUCGCUUAAUGCAAGAUAUUGUGAU